CAAAUCCUAUAAAUUCGUCCUCCUCUUGCACUGAUUUCUUCAGACAAUCAAUCAAAUCGAAAACUCCACUGCAAGGCAGAACCAGUGAGUGAAGGAAAGAGAGAGAACCUCUCUCUCUCCCUCUCCCUCUCUGUCUCUCUCUCUGAAGAUUCGGAUUUGUUGUUUAGCUCUGAAUCCAAGUUUCUGGGCAUUGAACUUCGAGGAAAAAAAAAAAAGAAGGAAUUCUUGGUUUUGUGAAUUCUGAUCCAUUGGAGUUGUUGUUGUGCAAUGGAGGGUGGAGAGAAUGUGUUCGGAGUGAGCAGUGCUCGGCUGAGCAGCUCCAACUUAUGGCGGAGCAGCGGAAGGGAGAUUUUCUCCAAGUCUUCGCGAGAAGACGACGACGAAGAGGCCCUGAAAUGGGCGGCUCUCGAGAAGCUUCCGACGUUUCUGAGAAUGAGGAGGGGGAUUCUCACUGAGCAAGAAGGGCAGCCCAGAGAGAUUGACAUCCAGAAUCUUGGAGUUUUGGAGAGGAAGAAUCUCUUGGAGAGGCUGGUCAAGAUUGCAGAAGAGGAUAACGAGAAGUUCUUGUUGAAGCUCAAGGAGCGGAUUGUCAGAGUUGGACUUGAUCUUCCAACCAUACAAGUGAGGUUUGAGCAUUUGAGUGUUGGUGCUGAAGCUUAUGUUGGCAGUAGAGCUCUCCCAACAAUCCUAAACUUCUGCAUUAACAUCCUAGAGGGGUUCUUGAAUUAUAUCCAUAUCCUGCCAAGUAGAAAGAAACAACUGGCAAUUCUACAUGAUGUCAGUGGAAUCAUCAAGCCAGGAAGAAUGACAUUGCUUUUAGGCCCGCCAAGCUCAGGGAAGACCACAUUGCUGCUAGCUUUGGCUGGGAAACUUGAUAAAGAUUUGAAAGUUUCAGGGAGAGUAACAUACAAUGGCCACGGAAUGAAUGAGUUUGUCCCCCAGAGAACAUCGGCUUAUAUCAGUCAGUAUGAUCUUCAUAUAGGAGAAUUGACAGUUAGAGAAACACUGGCUUUCUCAGCAAGAUGUCAAGGGGUUGGAGCUAGCUAUGAAACGUUAGCAGAAUUGUCGAGGAGAGAGAAGGAAGCAAACAUUAUGCCUGAUCCAGACAUCGAUGUUUACAUGAAAGCAGCAUCGCUGGAAGAGCAGAGAGCCAGUGUGAUGACAGAUUAUGUUCUUAAGAUUUUGGGACUGGAACUAUGUGCUGACACUAUGGUAGGCGACGAAAUGAUACGCGGUAUUUCAGGUGGGCAGAAGAAGCGGCUGACAACAGGGGAGAUGUUGGUUGGACCGGCUAGAGCACUCUUCAUGGAUGAGAUAUCGACUGGCUUGGACAGUUCUACGACAUUCCAGAUCAUUAAUUCAAUCAGGCAGUCCAUCCGCAUCCUUCAAGGAACUGCUCUCAUCUCUCUGCUUCAGCCUGCACCCGAAACUUAUGAUUUGUUUGACGACAUAAUUCUGCUCUCAGACGGGCAAAUUGUGUAUCAAGGCCCCCGGGAAAAUGUGCUAGACUUCUUUGAAUACAUGGGCUUCAAGUGCCCUGAGAGGAAAGGAGUAGCUGACUUUUUGCAAGAAGUAACAUCGAGGAAAGAUCAAGAGCAGUACUGGGCAAGAAAAGAGGAGCCCUACAACUUUGUUCCCGUCAGGGAAUUUGCAGAAGCGUUUCAGUCAUUUCAUGUUGGUCGGAGGAUAGGGGACGAGCUUGCUGUUCCAUUUGACAAAUCUAAGAGCCACCCUGCAGCUUUAACAACUAACAAGUAUGGUGUGAGCAAGAAGGAACUGCUCAAAGUUCUGAUUUCCCGGGAGUACUUGCUCAUGAAAAGGAACUCAUUCGUCUACAUAUUCAAGAUGACUCAACUCAUCACUAUGGCAUUCAUUACAAUGACAGUUUUUCUUAGAACUGAAAUGUCCAAAAAAACAGAAGAAGAUGGCGUGAUUUACCUGGGAGCUCUCUUCUUUGCUCUCGUCAUGAUUAUGUUUAACGGAUUCUCAGAGCUAGCAAUGACCAUUCUGAAACUGCCCGCCUUUUACAAACAGAGGGACCUUCUCUUCUUUCCAUCUUGGGCUUACUCUUUGCCCACAUGGAUUCUCAAGAUCCCCAUCACAUUUGUAGAAGUCGCCAUCUGGGUAUUCACAACUUAUUAUACCAUUGGCUUUGAUCCAAAUGUCGGAAGGCUCUUCAGGAUGUACCUCCUGCUCCUAUGCAUUAACCAGAUGGCUUCUGGACUGUUUCGACUCAUCGGGGCAUUGGGUCGCAAUAUGAUUGUGGCAAACACCUUUGGCACUUUUUCUUUGAUGGCAUUUCUUAUGUUGGGAGGAUUCAUCCUGGCAAGAGAGGACAUAAAGAAAUGGUGGAUAUGGGUUUAUUGGAUCUCUCCUUUGACUUAUGGCCAGAAUGCUAUAGCUGUGAACGAAUUUCUGGCGAAUAGUUGGAAACAUGUCCCUCCUAAUUCGACAGAACCACUCGGAGUAUCGGUCUUGAAGUCGCGGGGCAUAUUUCCCGAACCACACUGGUAUUGGCUUGGAGUAGGAGUUACAAUUGCGUAUAUUUUUCUGUUCAAUUUCUUGUUCACACUGGCUCUAGCUCAUCUCAACCCAUUUGGGAAGCCUCAGGCCAUUCUAUCUGAAGAAACCUUGGCGGAGAGAAAUGCUUGUAAAACAGGGGACAUUGAGCUAUGGUCAAGCGAAAAGAGAUCUUCAAGUAGUAGAAAAGACAUGAAUGUAUCAUCAAGACCGGGUAUGGGUAGCGUUGGUGAGGCGAGUCAGAAUGGGAGGCGGGGAAUGGUCCUACCAUUCGAGCCCCUUUCCAUUACAUUUGAUGAUAUCAGAUAUGCAGUGGACAUGCCACAGGAAAUGAAAGUUCAAGGGAUACCUGAAGACCGGCUACAACUUCUGAAAGGCGUUAGUGGGGCUUUCAGGCCUGGAGUUCUAACAGCUCUAAUGGGGGUCAGUGGGGCUGGAAAGACCACUCUGAUGGAUGUCUUGGCUGGUAGGAAAACCGGUGGAUAUAUUGAUGGAACCAUUACCAUAUCUGGGUACCCCAAGAAGCAAGAAACAUUUGCUCGUAUAGCAGGAUAUUGCGAGCAAACCGACAUCCACUCCCCCCACGUCACGGUUUAUGAGUCCUUGCAGUAUUCUGCUUGGCUCCGAUUGCCCCCAGAAGUUGAUUCUGCAACCAGAAAAAUGUUUGUUGAUGAGGUCAUGGACCUUGUUGAGCUAACCCCGUUGAGGGGAGCGCUUGUUGGUCUGCCUGGAGUGAAUGGCCUUUCUACCGAGCAAAGGAAGAGGCUGACAAUUGCAGUGGAGCUCGUGGCCAAUCCAUCGAUAAUAUUCAUGGAUGAACCCACCUCAGGGCUCGAUGCCAGGGCAGCAGCAAUAGUCAUGAGGACAGUGAGAAACACAGUGGACACAGGAAGAACCGUGGUGUGCACCAUACAUCAGCCAAGCAUCGACAUAUUUGAUGCUUUUGAUGAGCUCCUUCUUUUGAAGCGAGGAGGAGAAGAAAUAUACGUCGGUCCAAUAGGCCACCAUGCUCAUCAUCUGAUCAAGUACUUCGAGGGAGUUAAUGGAGUUCGUAAAAUUAAGGACGGUUAUAAUCCAGCGACCUGGAUGCUAGAGGUGACUUCACCGGCACAAGAGGCAGCUCUCGGGGUUAACUUUGCCGAUUUGUACAAGAGCUCAGAAUUAUACGAGAGAAACAAAGAACUAAUCAAGGAACUAAGCAAACCUCCCCCGGGCUCGAAGGACCUCUACUUCACCACUCAAUAUUCACAGUCUUUCUUCAUGCAGUGCAUGGCAUGCCUGUGGAAACAGCACUUGUCAUACUGGAGGAAUCCACCAUACACUGCAGUGAGAUUCCUGUUCACUACUUUCAUAGCCCUGUUCUUCGGGACAAUUUUCUGGGAUCUUGGCCCCAAAAGGGAACUGAAGCAAGAUAUCUUUAAUUCAAUGGGUUCUAUGUAUGCUACUGUUCUAUUUCUUGGUGUACAAAAUGCUGGAUCGGUGCAGCCAGUCGUCGCUAUCGAGAGAACGGUAUUUUACAGGGAACGAGCAGCUGGAAUGUAUUCGGCACUGCCCUAUGCUUUUGGACAGGUUAUGAUCGAGAUCCCCCAUGUUUUUGUUCAGACUAUCAUAUUUGGCUUCAUAGUUUAUGCUAUGAUCGGGUUUCAAUGGACAGUUGCCAAGUUCUUGUGGUACAUGUUCUUCAUGUACUUCACCUUUCUAUACUUCACAUUCUAUGGGAUGAUGGCAGUGGCAGUCACUCCCAACCACAACAUUGCCGCUAUAAUCUCAUCGGCUUUCUAUGCGAUUUGGAACCUCUUCUCCGGAUUCAUCAUCCCCAAAACAAGAAUUCCAGUUUGGUGGAGAUGGUACUAUUACAGCUGCCCUGUCUCUUGGACAUUGUAUGGACUGGUUGGUUCACAGUAUGCAGAUCUCCAAGACAAGCUUGAAACCGGCGAGACAGUUGAGGAUUUCGUGAGGGAUUACUUUGGAUUCGAGCAUGAUUUCUUAGGCUACGUCGCGAUCAUUAUAGUUGGAACUGCUGUUCUGUUUGGAUUCAUCUUUGCCUUCUCAAUCAGAGCAUUUAACUUCCAGAAAAGAUGAUCUUCUCAUACAGAAAGCUUGUUUCUAUCCAAGUGUUACACACACACACGCACACACGCAUAUACACACACUUCAUAUAUAUAAACUAUAGGAAGUUUUUGUUUUCUUUCAUCUUGUUGCUGUUCCACAGAUUUUGGGCACUAAUUUUACUUUGGUAAUGAGUUUAGUUUCUGUAAAGAUGGGGGUAGAAAAUUGCUUCUAUGUAAUGUAAUGAAUGAUACAAAUAUGCAAUAAAAUCGGAUGUUAUGGCUGUUUCUUCAA